AUGCAGUUUUCUCCCUUCAACAAGCCGUUCAAGGAAGAAAUCGAUGCAUGGGCUGAGAAGCUCCUGUACAUGUCGGAGUGUCUCGACGGCUGGCUCAAGGUGCAACGCGCGUGGAUGUACCUGCAGCCCAUCUUCGACUCCCCCGACAUCAUGAAGCAGCUGCCGACGGAAGGAAAGAAGUUCCGCCUCGUGGACAGCAAGUGGCGGCAGACCAUGGCACGGUUGCAUCAGAACUCGGCGGCUCUUCAGGCCUGCUCCAUGGAAGGCCUUCUGGAGAUCUGGAACAAUGCAAAUGCUGACCUCGACAUGGUCCAGAAAGGCCUUGAUGACUACCUGGAGACCAAGCGGGGUGCCUUUGCGCGCUUCUACUUCCUGUCCAAUGAUGAACUGCUUGAAAUCUUGUCGCAGACGAAGGACCCACUUCGGGUGCAGCCCUUCCUGUCCAAGGCGUGA